GCGGGGCGGGGCCAAAAUGGAGGCGGAGGAGGAGGAGAAGGAAAAGGGAAGAAGGAAGCUGCCAAACAAAAUGGCGGCGCCUUUGGCUGAGGAGCUGGAGCGCCUGCUCAACCCUCUGCCCAGCGCCCCUCAGGACCCCGAGGACGAGCCGGAGGACGCCACUGCAGCCAGAGUCGUUGACAAGUUUGACGAAGGAGCCCUCGAAGAGGAUGUCUUUUCUGUGGGCCACAUACGGAAAGGGGUUUCCACAGACCUCUGGGAAGCCGAUAAGCGAUACCACGGAAGAGCCACCUCCCGAAAAGCUUUGGCGGAUGAGCUGUGGGGAGAAGCUCCCCUGUCAGAUGAAGAAAUUUCAGGCGAGGAGGAAAUGGCCGAAGAUGACCACCUUGACAGUGAACCUCUUGAGGAGGACCUGGAUGAAGAUGGUGCAGAAGCGGAGGAGGAAGAAGCCGGGGAGAUGAUGGUUACUGGUCUUGAGGGUAGCCGGGAGGAAAAGAAAGAACCCCCAGAGAACCAGAAGAAACCAUCUUUCAGCUUCCAGGCUAUCGAUGAUUUUGAGAAGUUCGCAGAAGGAAUGGAUGAAAUAGAGAGCGAAGAAGAGGAAGGAGACGGUAGCACCGAAGAAAGCAGUGAAGAUGGAAGCAGCUUGGAGGAAAGUUUCAGUGAGAGCCAGGAGGAAACGGCGGAUGUGGAUGAGGACAAAGACGACGGAGCCUUGUUGACAUUCUCUAAAGACAAAGUGAUUGAAGAAGUAACGAAAGGAAAAGCUGUGAAGAAUCAAAUAGCCCUCUGGGAUCAGCUGCUGGAAGGACGCAUCAAACUGCAGAAAGUCCUCUUGACAGCCAACCAGCUUCCGCAGCCAGAUACUUUCCCCGAAUUUAAGAAGAGAGGAGGGCAGGAGUUUGCCGACGCGCUCAAGAACAAUUACAAAGCCCUGAAGGCUUUGUUGAGAAGUCUGGUGGAUCUCCAGGAUGAAAUGUUGCAUCAGUACUCCGGGACAAGACAUCUGGUAGACGGACAACCAGUGAAAAAGGAGAGUGAUGAAGAGAUCCCAAGCAGCACUGAUGAAGAAGAUGAAGGGAAGGAGGAAAGCGAGUUGAAGAAGAGGUCGACGACGCAAAGGCCACCCAAGCGAAAGCUUGAAAUGGAAGAGUACCCAGAGUUUGCAGCCAAGCGGUUUGCUGCCUUCCGGGCCUAUCGGAACAACACCUUGCAGAAGUGGCACGAUAAGACCAAGUUGGCUUCUGGCAAACUGGGGAAGGGUUUCAGUGCCUUUGAGCGUUCAAUCUUGACUCAGAUUGAUCAUAUUCUGAUGGACAAAGAGAGAUUACUCCGGCGGACACAUACCAAGCGGUCGGCGUACAGGGUAUUGGGGAAGCCGCGCCAAGCGCCCGAGCGGUUGCCGGAAGCUUUGCCAGGACAGACGGAGGUCCUUCCACCAACUAUGUCAAAUGCACAUCUCAAAGACCUGGAUGAAGAGAUCUUUGACGAUGAUGACUUUUACCACCAGCUGCUGCGGGAACUUAUUGAACGCAAAACCAGCUCCUUGGACCCAAAUGACCAAGUGGCGAUGGGCAGGCAGUGGUUGGCAAUCCAGAAGUUGCGGAGCAAAAUCCGGAAGAAGGUGGAUACAAAAGCCAGCAAAGGCAGGAAAAUCCGGUAUCACGUCCACAGCAAGCUAGUGAGCUUCAUGGCUCCCAUUGACCACUGCGCCAUGAAUGAUGAUGCCAGAACGGAGCUUUACCGGUCUCUCUUUGGCCAACAGGCCCAUCUUGAAGGAGGAGAGAAGCCUUAGCGUCGGGCAGCAACUGUCCCCGGCCUCUGGAUACGCGAGAGGGGAAGCGUUCGCCAGAUUUGUAAGCCCUCUUCACGGUUUCCCCCCACCUCCAACACACAAACACACACACGGCCGACGGAACCACCAUUUCCAAAACACUUGACGCAUGGCGUUUUGGAGCAUCGCCGCGUUUGAUCACGCUGGGGGACAUGAGCGCCGAUCAUCUCUCCUCCUCUGUCGAAACGCCUUUGAAAUCUGCCCUGGAGGGUGACCCACUGCGGGGCGCCCUCAGGCCCGCUUCUGCCCUUGUGUUCCCACAGAGUCCGUGUCCGUUGCUUGUAUUGAUCGGCUGUCGGAUCGUGUUUGGCAGCGGUCAGGCACACAUCGAGCGCGAAACUCGCCCCGCGGGCCGAUGCCUGACCUCGUAUUUUUUGGCAGGGAGAGAGACUGGCCACAUCCCAAUGGAAGAAAACCCCAUAUGGCCACAUUGUGCACCCAAAACCGUUGCCUUUUCACAUCAACGCUGCUUCACCUUCCAUAGUUUGAACACCUUGAGUUUGUCCCAGAACCCCGUGGAACGAAAUCGGAAUAAUGUACAUACAUUUGGAAGGAGGUCUAGCAAACUUUAAGGGAUAUCGUGGUACAAUGGAGAUUACAUUAUUAUGUUUGGGGUGGUUUUACAUCUUUACCAACAGACAUACGGUGAACAGGCACACGUUUCUGCACUUCAUUAAGGAACUAUCGCAUCAGGAAUAGUUACUAAAGGUAUAUUUUAAAGCCACCUUCUGAACAGUGUUUCCUCGGAGAGCUAAAACGGGGAACCUCCUCUCUCUCGCUACACACACACAUAUAUAAUUUGCAACCAAUAAAUACUUGUAGCUGCCCCCCUUCCAACCAUAGAUCUUGAUGUAUUUAAUUAUUUUUGCUAAUGGGCAUUUAUGUAGGACUCCUCCUUCCCUCUCCCAGCCGAGGGAUCUUUCUAUGCAGAGGUGAGGCCCGAUGUAAAUCUAGCCGAGGGAAAGAUGAUUCACUUGUUUUUAUUCGGAAGGUCAGAAAGCUGGGAAUUAAAUCCCCAUAAAGUGGAUUUAUUAGCCUGCUGUGAUCAAUCUCCAAUGGAGAUUAUUUUUGCAUAAGUAAUGGGCACAUAUGUAUUUAACAGAGCGUCUGCAUUGAUGAUCUUUAAGUCCCCUCCUCAAAAAAAAGUUGAAUAAAAGACUAAUUUUAUACACAACCGCCACAAAGUUCUGCAUAGGUGUGUGUUUGCUUUUUAACGGUCGGCAUUUUCAUUUUAGGAUAAGCGAGAAAAGAAAGUUGCGGCGCAUAUAGUUAUCAAAAUAAGGCCAUGUUCCAAGAGUAUUGCAGAUAGACUUGUCUUCAGGAUGGAGUGUGGCUAUUGCUAACUGUCUUCAAGUUAGCUUCUGUUUAUGGCGACUGCACAAAUGGGGCAAAUUUAUCGGAAGGACCGUCUCUUCCUAUCUGGGACUUUCUUUUUGGGACCCAGAGGCACAUUUGACGGAGACGAGAGACAGGGCCUUUUUGGUGGCUGCUCUCAGCCUCUCAAACUCCUUACAAAGGGAGCUAGCCUAACAGCUCCAUUUAGGAAGCGAAAUCACGACACGAAUUCUGUUUCCAUGGGCUCCCGAGCGGUGGAAGGAGGACACUUAUCCCCAGCGGAAAAUCGAAGGCCUUUUCUCUCCCCCCACCGAUCCCACCCCCUCCGGGAUGCAAAAAGUAUCUGUGUCAAGAACGAUACGCCGAGACCCCCGGAGAAAGAGGCUUCCGCUGGAAAAGGGAAGGCGAUUUUACCAACUCACAUCCCAAGUAAGCCUGUCUGACAUGCUUUGGGAGAUUUCCCUUGUUCUUGUCGAUAACUCUUGAGAUCUGAUACCGUCGAGCCUUUCAGGAGGAUUCGCCCCGUCAAUCUCUCCGCAGAAUUAACUCGGAGUCAUCCCAGAUAAGUUCGUAUUCGCCAUUCACCACUUCCGUCCUGCCACCAAAAGUCGUGCUGGGAAAAAUUGAAUGCCUCGGCUAGUAUAUGGAGGUUCGCCCUUCAAAGUUAGUGGAAGCAUCUGCUGGUUCCACUACGGCUUUGUCCUGACUUUAGGCUCUCUGCCGACUCGCAGUAUAUCCCUUCUAAGAGAGUUCGUCUCUAAUGGCCAUCUCCUCCUCUCCGGACUGGGAUCCUUCUCUCCUCCUUUAGCAUUGGGAUCGAGGCCUGUCGAGAGAGCAAUGGAGGAAUUACGGGUCGGUCAAGAUCUGUCUGGGAUGCUUUGAUUUGGAUUUCCUGCAUGGCAGAACGGGGUUGGACCUUGCAGUCUCUUCCAACUCUAUGAGUCUAAGAGUUUUACUCCAGGCGCCAACAUUUCAAAGGGCUGUCCUCUCCCAAAGAACCGCUCCAACGUUUGGGUCUUCUCCUCGAAAAGCUUCCUUGUGUUGUUGUCGUUUUGCCGCGACGCGUGCACAACAAAUCCACGCAACCGUGAGCGCCGCACGUUUUUAAAAGCGGGGCUGGGAACGGCGAAACGAUCGGAAACCCCAAAAGCAAACCAGAGAGCAUCACGGCCCUUGCUUUGGAAUUUCCUGAUGUGUUGUUGUGUGGCUAGUGGUUUGAGCGUUGGGCUACGACUUGGAGUAAACCUGCUGCUGAGCAAGUUACACUCUCUCAGCCUCAGAGGACGGCAAUGGCAAACCCCCCUCGGAGGAAAGCGGCCAGGAAAACCCUGCGACGACGGGUUCGCCGGUACCAUUCCUGAGAAGCCCUUUUCUUCAUGCCAAAGAGACGGAGUAACCUCGCUUCUUUCUUAAUACGGACUCACUGAGGACGUAUCUGUUACUCAACACCAAAGACCCUCGACGCACUCCAUCACAAACAGUUCUCACGUGCCGUUUUAUUGUAUUAAAAGAUAUGUCCCUAUGGCUUUAUGGCUCUAUUUAAUGCACAAGGCCUACUAUUCCAAAGUACCGUCCGUCCUGCGCAAUUCUGAUAGACACAGACCAGCCGUCACUUCUAAAGUUUGGAUCAUCUUUCAUUAAGACCAGUGGUUCUCGACCUUUGGGCCUCCAGAUGUUUUGGACUUCAAUUCCCAGAAGUCCCGGUCAGUAUUGUUUAGGAAUACUGUACUAGGAGUUGAAGUCUCAAAAAUCUAGAGGCCUAAAAAGGUUGAGAACCACUGAGUAAGACUAUUGCAAGACUUGGAUUUGUUGUGCUUUGCCGAACCGGAAAACACUUAUGUCCUUAAGUGUGAAGAUAGUGAGUUGGGGUGCUUUUGUGCUAUGUACCAUCACCGACUUCCAAUAAAGCUUACCUU